AUAUUUUAUAAAUAUAAUAUAUAAUAGUUUCCGUAAGUGUACAUAGUUCGGUUGGUAGGAAUUUUGUGGUAUAUGUGUGAGUUCGAAACUUAGAUUUUUCACUUAGUCAUUUUAAAUGGUGAAUAUCUAGCCACUAGACUACAUGAUAAAAAAUAAAUAAAUAUGACAUAAGUCAUAUAAUGUCUUUUAAUUAAGAAUUUCAGGUUCUUUUUUGCUAAUUUUUUUAUAGAUUUUCCUAAUUAAGAAAUUUUCAUUGUUAUUAGGAGUUUUACUUUUAAGAUGUUAGAUUUUUCUUUUUUGACUUGAUUAUAAUAUUUUAGAUGGUACGGUCUUGGAUUGGUGUUGAAGAUGUAGACCCCUAUGAGAUUAAUGAUCAUUUCUUGCGGUUCAUGCAUUAUACAGGUUCCUCGAAGAAACACACAUCCUUUCUUCAGCUCAUUUGGUUACUUGGUGUCUGGGUGGUCUGGAAUGCUCGUAACAAUAGAAUAUUUAAUAAUACCCAAACCACCGUAGACCAACUUUUAGAGAAAGUUAAAUUUCAUUUGUUAUGGUGGCUUAAGGCUAAGAACGCCAAUUUUGUGUACGGUACUCAGAGAUGGUGGUUGGACCCUAUGCAUUGUUUGGCCAAACAUCAUGGGUUCUAUAGUCCAUCCUUCAGGUGUAACUAGUAAUGAUGAAACUGGUUUCUCUACUCCAAAAAUCACUGCUGCAGAAGGCAAUGUUGGAGAAUCAAGAAGUGAUGAACAUCCACAAAUUCCUGGAUGGUUUGCAGAACACUGUCCAAUAUGGCCAGGGGAAGCACACUUCUUGAAGGUAGAAAAUAUUUGUUUCCAAGGGAAAUCUGAAUUUCAAGAUAUGCUAGUUUUUGAGACAUCAACAUAUGGUAAGGUAUUUGUUCUGGAUGGAGCACUCCAACUCACUGAGAAAGAUGAAUGUUCUUACCAAGAAAUGAUGACUCACCUUCCUCUUUGCUCAAUUCCAAACCCAAAAAAGGUGCUGCUUUUUGGUGGAGGAGAUGGUGGCAUCCUUAGGGAAAUUUCCCGCCACUCUUCUGUUGAACAAAUUGACAUAUGUGAAAUUGACACUAUGCUGAUUGAUGUUUAUAAAAAAUAUUUCCCAGAUAUAGCUAUUGGAUACAAGGACCCCAGAGUCAAGCUUCAUGUAAUAGAUGGAACAAUUUUUCUGAAUUCUGUCCCAAAAGGCACAUAUGAUGCAAUAAUAGUGGAUGCCUUCGAUCCAGUAAGGCCUGAUCAUGAGCUUUUUGAAACUCAAUUCUUUGAAUUGAUUUCAAAAGCUCUUCGUCCUGGAGGAGUUUUGUGCAUCCAAGCUGAGAGCUUUUGGUUUAAGUCAUUGGAUAUUGAAGAACUAUUAAUCAAAAGCCGCAAAAUUUUCAAAGGCUCCAGUGACUAUGCUUGGACUAAUGUCCCAACAUAUCCAAGUGGAGUGAUUGGUUUCUUGCUUUGCUCAACUGAAGGUCCAUAUGUGGACUUCAGAAAUCCAAUUAAUCCUAUUGGUCCUGAAAAUUAUGGCAUAUCAAAGCAUCCUUUGAAGUAUUACAACUCAGAGGUUCAUUCAGCUUCAUUUUGCUUGCCAUCUUUUGCUAAAAGGACAGAAGCUAAUAAGAGCACUGCAAAAAAGAUUUGAUGUUAGCAAGACAGGACCACAUAGAUUGUAAUAAAAAUCAUGCUAAUAAUUUAGCAUGUCUCUAUUCAUAAUUCCGACAAUAAUCAUUGCUAGUUGCUAUUGUGUCAAGGUUUUUAGAAAAAAAAUUACUUGUACUUUGGUAUACGUAAUACUUUCUAUUAUGCCAUGCUUCCAAUAAGCCAUGUAUGCUUCACAAAUGUGUUGACUAUUAAGCAGAAUAAUUGAAUCAACAUUUUAUGAUAUCGUU